AUGUUCAUUCAGAAGCUCGUCCCCGUCCUCCUCGCUACUAUGGCUAGUCUGCCAUCUGCUCUGGCAGGCUCUUGUAAAGUCAAAGCCGAUGUCAACGAGAGUCAACGUGGAGCAAUCCAGGAUGUCACGGUCACUACCGGUGAUGGUUCAGAGCUCAUCUUCGACAAGUCAGAUGGCAUCUGCGGCCCCGCUACAUUCUGGACUGGCGAUGAUGGAGAUCUGAAGGGCGAUGCCACUUUGGCUUCCCCGAUCGCAUGGGAUGCCAGUUGCAACCUUGGUGCUAUCACCUCAUGCUCUGCUGAUUACCAAAACCAGAAAGGUCUCAAGGGCACGCUGGGCGACAAGCACGGCCAGAACUACCACUCUUGCACUGUUGAAUUUGACUGCUAG